GGAAUUCCAGAAGCUCGGCUCGGGCGGCUGUGGCUCGGCGUCUCCCCGUGGCGUCUUCCUCCUCGGGUAAAAAGAACAAAAAACAGCACCGAGGGAGAGAGCUUCCCUCGCCCGCCUCUGUGCUUUUCAUCUUCACGUCUUCACAGUUUCGCCUCUGGUGCUGUCGCCCGUAAUUGCUUUGGGUUUUCGACAUCUCGCGCGAGGCGGCGACGCGAGCCCGCCGUUGCGAUGGCAACGGCCUACGCUUUCCAACUAGGCCGCAGGCGUCUGACGCCAUCGGCAUUGUUUUUAAAAUUAUUUUUUUGUAUGUGUUGUGAUUUUUUUUGUUCACUAUAUUUUUUUCGUGACAGCUAGGGUAGCCUGAUGCAAGGAAGCAGUUGCCAUGGCAGCAGCAUCACCUAGCAGCAGGCCACGCAGCCGGGCCGGCAGCAGCGGCUCCCUGGAGGCUGCAUACAACGCGAGGCCACCGCGGCCGCCCUCGGCCAAAGGCCGUGUGCGCCCAUCCUCAUCUCACGCCGCCGGUGGCGCCGCAACCCGUGCCAGCAUUGGCGGCGACGGCCUCACCGAUGGCUCCGCUGUUGCGUUAUCUCCCCCUUCCUCUCCUCCUGGGUGGUUCCCACCAUCGACACCGCGCUCCGAGCUGGCGGGUGGCCGGGCUACCCCGCGGCCCCCCUCGGCCGCCCCUCGGCCUCCAUCAGCCCGGACCUCCUACGUGGGGGGCGGUACUCCCGUGGUCCAGCGGCCCACGCUCAACCGCUACUCCGUGCUGCCCGCCAUCCGGGGCGGCCGCAGCACCGACGAUGGAGAUGAAGGGGAUGCCGACGAAAGUCGCCACCAACACGACGCCGAGGCUGGCAUUGAUGCACUGAGCCUGAGGGGGGACGAGGAGCCCAGACCGCAUAGUCGCCCUCUCUAUCGGCAGCAGCAGCAGGAUCAUCAUCAGCAGGAUCAUCAUCAGCAGCAGGAUCAUCAGCAGCAGGAUGACAAGGAGAGCGGGAGCCUAGUGCCGGGCCUUUCGUCACCAUCGCUAUUGCUGGCUGUGCGUCUGCCGUCAGGAGAGCGUGUGGAGCGGCACUUCUCCCCGGACGAGACACUGUCCGCGGUUCUGGCGUUUGCGCUGUCGCGGCGAGGCAACGACGGGCAACGGGGGGAGGAGGAGACGGCAGUUGUGGGGAGACGGCGCUGGGUGGUGGGAGCCGGACGUGCACGUUACACCGACCUGACCCGUUCGCUGCGUAGCUGCGACGUGCGGGACCGGACACUGCUCUACCUGUUCUUGGAAGAGGACGACUGAGGGUAUGCGGUGGUGUAGAAGGAAAACUAAACAACAACCACCAUUGCAAAGGUUUUUUGCAGUUGUGCUGUGUUUUUGUGCAGCAUAUCUGACGUUCCUCUCCACAUACUGUGAGCUUCUUAAGUUCGUCUUUGGGGGGUGAGAAACGAUUGCUUAUUCAAUUAUCGAAGAAACUUUUUGGGUUCACGACGAAGCUCCCAGCAUGUGGAGAAAAAUGUCAGACGUCAUGCCAAACACGCGUGAGAACCCGAAAAUACAUUGGAGGGCUAAGACACCGAGCACCAUUACCGCCACCCUCUCCAGCGUGUGUCGAUGCAGGCACCAGACAAGCUGGGUUGUGGUCACCCACAAGGUGCUGAAGCCUUGUUCACAUUUACAGUACUUUAAAAAGAAAAAAAUUCAAGAUAAUUGCCAAGGUUGACGAUUGCCCUCGCGAUUCAAACUCGUGCAGUUUGAAAUAUCGUUCCGUUCGUCGCGUUUGGUGACCGCCGCAUCUCCCGAGACUCCUUGCAGAGAAUGCAAGCCGUGUGGGGACCCUCCCCCAUGACUUGUGCCGCAGCCUGGCAGAUGGCAGUGUCGUUUUGGUUUACCGCCACGGGCAUUUGGUACGACGACGAGCGAGGGGGCCGAGAAAUGAUAUAAUGGUUGUGCUGUGUACAUAGCGGUGAAAGGAAUCUAAACAACAAAAAAUAUCGUUAGUUACAAAUUUUUAAAUCUCUUAUUUUUUAUGCGAUUGUUUACUCUGAAAUAAAUUUUACACGUUAAUGCUUCUAAACUG